GGAGCUAGGACUGGAGUCAAGCCUCUCUUUCAGUGGGAACGCUCUCCGUGAGCCAGCCCCACCCUCAGAAAAGAUGUUUUCCGUGAGGAUCGUCUGCCUGGUCCUGAGUGUGGUGGGCACAGCAUGGGCUGCAGAUCCUGGUGAAAGUGAAUUUUUAGCUGAAGGAGGAGGCGUGCGUGGCCCAAGAGUGGUGGAAAGACAUCAAUCUGCUUGCAAAGAUUCAGACUGGCCCUUCUGCUCUGAUGAAGACUGGAACUACAAAUGCCCUUCUGGCUGCAGGAUGAAAGGGUUGAUUGAUGAAGUCAAUCAAGAUUUCACAAACAGAAUAAACAAACUCAAAAAUUCACUAAUUGAUUAUCAGAAGAACAAUAAGGAUUCUAAUUCAGUAACCAGAAAUAUAAUGGAAAUUUUGAGAGGGGACUUUGCCAAAGCCAAUAACUAUGACAGUGCAUAUAACCAAGUGUCAGAAGAUCUGAGAAGCAGAAUUGAGAUCCUGAAGCGCAAAGUCAUAGAAAAAGUACAGCAAAUCCAACUUCUGCAGAACAACGUUAGGUCUCAGCUGGUAGAUAUGAAACGACUGGAGGUGGACAUUGAUAUUAAGAUCCGAUCUUGCAAAGGGUCAUGCAGUAGGGCUUUAACUCAUCAGGUAGAUCUAAAAGACUAUGAAGAUCAGCAGAAACAACUUGAACGGGUCAUUGGGAAAAACUUACUUCCCUCUGGAGACAGGCAAUACUUACCACUGAUAAAAAUGAGCCCAGUGGCAGACUUGAUUCCUGUAAGUUUCAAGACCCAGCUUCAGAAGGCCCCUCCAGAGUGGAAGGCACUAACAGAAGUGCAACAGAUGAGAAUGGUACUUGAGAGGCCUGGUGGAGAUGGGAAUGCCCGAGGAGACUCUGCAUCUUAUGGACCAGGAUCAGAGAGAGAAGGCCCCAGAAACCCUGCUAGUCCUGGCAAUUGGAACCCUGGGAGCUCUGGACCAGGUAGUACUGGAAACUGGAACCCUGGGAGCACUGGAUCUGGUACUACUGGACAUUGGAACCCUGGGAGCUCUGGACCAGGUAGUACUGGAAGCCGAAACCCUGAGAGCUCUGGAGCUGGUAGUACCGGACAUUGGAGCACUGGAAGCUCUAGCUCUGGAUCCAGUAGUAGUGGACAUUGGAGCAGUGGGAGCUCUGGAUCUGGUAGCACCGGACAUUGGAACCCUGGGAGCUCUGGACCAGGCAGUACUGGAAACCGAAACCCUGAGAGCCCCGGAUCUGGUAGCACUGGACAUUGGAACCCUGGGAGCUCUGGACCAGGCAGUACUGGAAACCGAAACCCUGAGAGCUCUGGAUCUGGUAGUACCGGACACUGGAGCACUGGGAGCUCUAGCUCUGUAUCCAGUAGCAGUGGACACUGGAGCACUGGGAGCUCUGGAUCUGGAAGUUUUAGGCCAGAUAGCCCAGGCUAUGGGAGCACCAAGCCUACCAACCCAGACUGGGGCACAUUUGAAGAGGUGUCAGGAAGUGUAAGUCCAGGGACAAGGCAAGAGUACCACACAAGUAAACUGGUCACUUCUAAAGGAGAGAAAGAGUCCGUGACUGGUAAUGAGAAGGUCUCUGGUAGCACAACCACCAGGCGUAGUUCAUGCUCUAAAACUGUUACUAAGACUGUUACACGUCCUGAUGGUCAUAAAGAAGUGACCAAAGAAGUGGUGACCUCUGAAGAUGGUUCUGACUGUGGGGAUGCAGUAGAGUUGCCUAUCUUUACUGGCGUAGGUGGCCUGGAUGAAUUCCGCCUUAGGCACCCCGAAGAAGCUGCUUUCUUUGAGACUCCCUUCACUGGAAAAACAUCCUCAGAUUCACUCGCAUCUAUGUUUAAAGGGUUUGGCAGUAAGACUGAGUCUGGGGGCUCAGAAUCUGACAUCUUCACAGACAUGGGGGCCACCAGCUCUCGUCACUUCGGUGUACCCGAAUUCCCUUCCAGUGGCAAAACUUCAAGUCACAGCAAACAAUUCAUAACCACUAGCACGACUUACAACAAAGGAGGCUCCACAUUUGAAACCAAGAGCUUUAAAAUGGCAGAUGAGGCGGGAAGCGAAGCUGAUCUGGAAGACUUCAAAGGAGCACAUGGCAUCAAAAGAGGCCAUGCUAGAUCACGCCCUUCCAGAGACUGUGAUGAUGUCCUCCAAACACAUCCUUCAGGUGCCCAAAGUGGCAUUUUCAAUAUCAAGCUACCGGGAUCCAGUAAGAUUUUUUCUGUUUAUUGCGAUCAAGAGACCAGUUUGGGAGGAUGGCUUUUGAUCCAGCAAAGAAUGGAUGGAUCACUGAAUUUUAACCGGACCUGGCAAGACUACAAGAAAGGUUUUGGCAGCGUGAAUGACAAGGGAGAAGGAGAAUUCUGGCUAGGCAAUGACUACCUCCACUUGCUAACCCAGAGGGGCUCUGUUCUUAGGGUUGAAUUAGAAGACUGGGCCGGGAAAGGGGCUUAUGCAGAAUAUCACUUCCAGGUGGGCUCUGAGGCUGAUGGCUAUGCCCUGCGGGUCUCCUCCUAUGAGGGCACUGCGGGCGAUGCUCUGAUUGAAGGUUCUGUGGAGGAGGGGACAGAGUACACUUCUCACAACAACAUGAAGUUCAGCACCUUUGACAGGGAUGCAGACCAGUGGGAAGAGAACUGUGCGGAAGUCUAUGGAGGAGGCUGGUGGUACAACAACUGCCAGGCAGCCAAUCUCAAUGGUGUCUACUACCCUGGGGGGUCCUAUGACCCGAGGGACAACAGUCCUUAUGAGAUUGAGAAUGGAGUGGUCUGGGUCCCCUUUAGAGGAGCAGAUUAUUCCCUCAAGGCUGUUCGCAUGAAAAUCAGGCCUCUAGUGAUGCAAUAGGCUGAAGGAGUGGGAGUGGGACCAUUCUGUUUUCUUUGUUUAGUGAAGUGGAGAGAAAAUAAGAAAAGUAAAGGAGUCAAGAUUCUUUACAACCUGCUAAAAAAAAUCCCAGGUGCUAUUUCAUUGUUCUUUGUACUGUAGCUAAAUGUAACUGAGAUGUGGUAGUGCUUUGAAAAAUAAAGUUAUAUGAGUUUUUUUUUAAA